AUGCCCAGCAUGGACUUGACCGGCCCCCAAUCUGCGGCUUUGGAGACGAACCGAGCUCCGUCGGAGGUGGAUGUUAUCAAGCGCGAUGCUGCCGACGGUAGCCCUGCUGUCGGAGAGCCCCCCUCCAAGAAGGUUCGCUUAGAUGAGCCCUCGGAACUCAAUGACGAACAUAUUGAUACGCGCAACAGGGGCAUUGCGCCCAUCAAGUCGGAAUAUCUGAUCCCCUCGGCGCCUAAAUCUGUGUCCGAGACCAACACCGACGAUGCGGCUGAAGCCGCGCCUCAUGCCGAGCGUGACGAUGAGAACAAGAAGAAGGGAAAGAAGAAGCCCAAGGGUCAGAACACCAACCGCAGUUUUGGUAGCUCUAAAGAUGUGAAGUCCCUGUGCAUCUCAAGAACUUUCAGCCCGGAGUUUUCACCCGAAGAGUGCCAGUUUGGCGCGAAGUGCCGAUUCGAACAUGACCUACGACUCUAUUUGAAGGAGCUCAAGCGAGAGGACCUUACGACCUUCAAUGGACUCUGCCCUGUGUUUGAGGCACGGGGUAGAUGUUACGCUGGAUGGAAAUGCCGUUUGGUUGGAUCUCAUUCGACGGAGAGGGAAACUACGGACGGGAGGAAGGAACUUAUUCUGCUAGAGGACGAGGAACGCAAGGCGAAAGUGAAGCCUCUUGUUCCCUUUGCCACGCCCGAAGGGCUUGUGAACAUUAUCGCCUACCAGGAUAAGGUCGCACUUGCGCGGAAGCGGGAGCACACUCCUCGUGCCAACGAAUACAAUGACUGGCUCAACAAGGUGUCUCAAGAACUGGAUAAACAGCUACACGGACGAGUUCCAAACGAGGGAGUUGCGGCUGAGAAGGCAGAAGCUUCAAAGACUAAUGAUGAUGCCGAAAGAGCUAAAGAGGAGCUGGAAGAUAACAGGGCUCAAUAUACCGAACCUCCUUUUUUGGCGUCCGAGAAAAGGCGCAUCUACUUUGGACCGGAGACUCCGGCAUUGGCGCCUCUGACGACACAGGGCAAUCUUCCAUUCCGCCGACUCUGCGGGGAUCUGGGUGCCCAAUUCACCUAUUCCGAGAUGGCAUUCAGCAUGCCGCUGGUCCAGGGCAACAAGUCUGAGUGGACCUUGAUAAAGAGCCACGAGACGGAAAUGCUCCCACCCACCGUGACUCCUGGACCGAAUGUGGUCCAAGGCUAUGAUAACUCCAGGGACUUCAAGUUCGGAGCCCAGAUCACCGCCAACAAGCCGUGGCAGGCACUAAAGGCCACAGAAGUGCUCUCCAAGUACACACCCAAUCUGCGUGUCAUUGAUUUAAACUGUGGCUGCCCGAUUGAGCUUGUCUACCGCGAAGGAGCAGGCUCCGCGCUCCUCGACCACCCCUCCAAAUUGGAGAAGAUCAUUCGUGGCAUGAAUGCCGUGUCUCAGGAGAUUCCUAUUACAGUCAAGAUUCGCAUGGGGACCAGAGAUAAUCAACCCAAUGCUUUGAAGUUGGUUGAGCGCCUAGUUCUCGGUGGCUAUGAAUCUACCGUUCUGAAUACUGGUCCCCCUGGCGUUGCAGCCGUCACGCUCCACGGACGUAGCAGACAGCAGCGCUAUACUAGACAGGCAGACUGGGGAUACAUUGCAGAUACCGCCGCUCUCAUCAAGCGUCUGAAUUCGCAGACAGACGAGUUCGCCGACACCAUUCGUGAAGCUGACCCUCGGUACUUGCCGAAUGGCGGCAAGACCUACUUCCUUGGAAAUGGUGAUUGUUACUCGCAUGUUGACUACGACGACCAUAUCCAAAAUGCUGGUGUGGAUUCAGUCAUGGUGGCUCGUGGAGCCCUGAUCAAGCCCUGGAUUUUCGAGGAGAUUCAGACUGGUCAGUACCUGGACAAGUCUUCCUCGGAGCGUCUUGCCUAUAUCGAGAAAUUCGCCAAGUACGGCCUCGAGGCCUGGGGUUCUGAUGAAUACGGCGUUGGCACUACUCGGCGCUUCUUGUUGGAGUGGCUGAGCUUUGCCUACCGCUACGUUCCCCUCGGUCUCCUUGAAUACCUGCCUCCGCAAAUUAACGACAGACCUCCUGCCUUCCGAGGUCGGGAUGACUUGGAGACUCUCAUGGCCAGUGGAAACUACAAGGACUGGAUUAAGAUCACUGAGAUGUUCCUCGGACCCGCGCACAAGGACUUCAAGUUCGAGCCCAAGCACAAGUCCAACUCUUACGAGGCGGAGGGUUGA